AUGGCGACGGCGACUCGAAGACGGCGACAAGGCUCGGCAGCAAUCCUUGCCGGUGUGUGGCUCUCUUGUGCGGCAACCGGGUUUACCCUGCCGCCAACAACGCCAAGAACAGGGCGAGCAACAGCGGGCGCCAGGGAUGUGCGCCAGGCCACACCUGCAGCCGAGCCGCCUCGCGCCGGGCGGCCGCUGUUUGCCGAUAGCAGCAGCGACGGCAGCACAACCGUGGCGACCCAGCCGAAAAGGAAGAAGGUUGUGAAGCCUUGGUUCACCAAGGCUCAGGAGACGGUCGACUACAGCAACGUCGAGGCUAUGUACGUCCGGCACAUCCUGGUCCAGACGGAGGGCCUGGCGAAGACUUGCUUGGAGCAGAUCAGAGAAGGGGCGGACUUCGGAGAGCUCGCCUCGAGCAUCAGCGACUGCCAGGCAACACGGGCAAAAGGGGGAGAGAUUGGGUGGGCGAGCACCCCGCAGGGCCAGCGCGUGGAGCCGAUCGAGACCUCGCCGCCCAAGUCGCCGCAGCUUGCCGUGCCUGCGUCAGCCGCGGCCCGCGUGUUGCCGGCCGCCUUGAGCCAGAACGGCGAGGCGGAGCAGGGGAGCCAGCAGCAGGAGCAGGAAGAGGCGUUGUCUGGCGCGAUGGCGGACGUGGAGGCAGGGAUGGAGGAGAUCCUUCCCCUGGCCGCGCGGACAGCGCUGCUAGACUACAAGCCCGGGGAUGUGGUCGUUACGCCCACGGGUCGCGGGUGGCACGUGAUCAAGCGACGGCGCGCAAGGCGGCCAGCAACCGCCAGGCGGGCGCGGGGCUCACAACCUCGUCCCUUAGGUCCCUCCAGGGGGAGGGAACUCCAGGUGUUGAAGAACAUGCGAAGGGGCUACACCAUUACGCGGUACAUGCGCAUCAUCGACCGCAUCAGGGAGCUGUCUCCCGACGCGGCGAUCACCGGGGAUGUGAUCGUCGGCUUCCCCGGUGAGACGGAGGAGCAGUUCCAGCACACGCUCGACCUCAUGGAGCGGGUGAAGUUCGACAACCUCAACACCUUCAGCUACUCGCCGCGACCCAACACGGAGGCUGCCCUGUGGGAGAAUCAGGUGCCGGAGGAUGUGAAGGCAGACCGGCUGCAGAGGGUGAUGCGUCUGGGCUGCACGCACGCGCAGGAGAGGAGCGAUCGCUACAUGGGCAGGGUAGAGGAGGUUCUCGUGGAGGAAAGAAACCCCAAGAACGCUGCUCAGGUAAUGGGGCGAACACGUACCAACAGGCCGGUGUUCUUGAAUGGAGACAUCGGACAGCUCAAGGGGAAGCUCAUCAAGGCAGAAAUCACAGAGUGUCGCCCGUGGAGCUUGACGGGUGUCGCGCAGGGAGAGCCGUACUGAACAAAUUUGUAGCCUUGAGGUUGUGUAGUACUACAAGACACGAAAAAACACUUUGAGGUUGUGCAGUAAAUAGGAGGCACGAAAAACGGUUUGAGGCUGCUUAGUAGGCGACGCGAAAAACGCGAACCAGCUGCGGGCGUGCUUGUGCUGGGGUGCGCCCGCGCCUUGCGCUGUUUAGACACACGCCCACGUGCCUUUUAGUUUGGAAUGUCUGCUAUCUUAGGCGUAUUCUUGUGUGGGGCGGGUGUCUUAGUGCGUGCUCUCUUACUAGGCGAAACGCGCCCGCGUCCAUGUCUUGAAUAGUAGGUGAAUCUGGUGGAGCUGUAGUCCAUGUAGUGAGUGUGAAAAGCUGGAGGGCCGGGGUGGCAAGUAGCUUUGUGCGCCGCGGUUUUCAAUUAUACUAUAUCCAGUU